CCAGAUUUUGUCGGGGUCGAAGCGAUGACUGCCUUGUCCGCCCGGUUCAACGGGGUUCGAGACAUGACCGCUGCCAUCAUGUCCAAGUUCGACGCGGACAUGGCUGCGUGCAGGGACCGGACGGCAGACGGCUGCAACGGCACGGGGCCAGCAAAACAGGGCAGCAGCACCGACAGCGACACCGACACCGACACCGACACCGGCAGCGAUGGCGCCAUCACUGACAUGGACGUCGCCGAGGACGACAAGUCCAUCGGUGGCGACACCGUUGCUGAGGAAGCCGAGUCCGUCCAACCGAUCGACGACGGCAACGACCCACCGAAGCUGGUGGAGCCGUAA